AUGGGCUAUAUGGCUCCUGAAUGCUUUUACAUAGGGAAAAUCAGUAAGGAAUCGGAUGUAAAUAGCUUUGGUAUUGUCUUCUUAGAAAUAGCGAAUGGAAAACGAGUCGUGGAUUCAUGGGCAACAGAAGGACAAGUUGGACUCUUGGAUUGGGUUUGGGAGCUCUAUGGAAUUCUAAAGCUGCGUCGACAUGGUUACUCCAUUUAUCCUUUGGCACCUCCACUGGUGGUGAACCAGUAUAAAGUGGGCCCGCGUCUAAUUUGCGACCCUUACUACCCACCAGAGAAACAACCCAGCCAUGCUGAUUCCGCAGAAUCCGUGAGUCUCUCAGGUUACCACGAACCGGUGCACCUUUGGGAUAAGUUGACCCGCAAUGUGGCAGACUUCACCACUCAGUUCGGCUUCGCCUUCGAUUCAGAACAUAACGAGGCAUUUGGCAACGGAUUGAUGUUCUUUCUCUCCCCCAACGGAUCCGACGUCCCGAGCUACUCGGGGGGAUGCAAUCUGACUGUUGUAAGUGGGAUCCGAGACCCUUCUACCACAUUUGUUGCCGUGGAAUUCAACGCUUUCUACAACAGUUCUGGGGACCCCCAGCGUGAACAUGUCAGUGUAGACUUGAAUAACAUCAUCAUGCGCAAUAUGAGUGUCCUCAUGAUUGAUGCCGCGGAUCCAAAAGGGAACGUUGCCGAGCUCUCCUAUUCAGUUAAUUUGACAGAGCAUUUGCCAGAAUGGGUGACGGUCGGUUUCUCGGCGGCCACUGGGUUGAGCUCUGAGUUGCCUACUCUGUACUCAUGGGAAUUUAGCUCUAAUCUACGCGUCACCGAAAAUGUAAACAGCACAAUCAAUUCUUCUCCUGCAGACAGAAACACAGGGGACAAGGUCAGAGCAAAGGGGAGCAAGUCAUGGGUGUGGUCAGUCAUAGGUUUAGCCUCCUUGUUGCUCACUCUAGUUCUAGGCCUUGCCUGGUUUGGUCAUAGGUCAAAGAAAAAGACAAAUAACAAACUUGGAGAGGAGGAUGAUGUCCUGUCAAUUGAUGAAGAAUUUGACCAAGUGACGGGACCAAAGAAGUUCUCGUUUUGGGACUUGUCGCGGCGACUGAUAAUUUUGCACAUGCGCGAUUGCUUGGGAAAGGGCAGUUCGGAAGAGUUUAUGAAGGUUGCUUAA